AUGCCACAAGAUGUCACCGAUUUUCUCAUCGACUCUAUGAAAAUCGAGUCAACGACGGGAAAUGAAGGAAAUUUCGCAACUUUCAUCGCCUCCAAAUUACGAGAAGAUGGAUGGUUUGUGGAAGAGCAGAAAAUUUCUGGGCAAGAGUAUCGAAUGAAUAUUUUGGCGAAACGGACUCAAAACUCGGGUAGGUGUGCUUCUUUCAACCAAUAUCACCUUGAAUUACCAAUAUUGCUCACGACUGAUCUAGCUGUCAGC